AUGGAAAUGAAUUCUAAGAGUCACCGUGAAGAAGUUUCAACAGAAUUGACACUUGCUUCCGGGUAUCAGAAGGAAUCAAUGGUUUCUUUCAGGCCUGAGAGGGAAGUUCCUACAGAACUGGCACUUUAUGGCGGAUCUUGUGAGAUUCAGAAGAAAGCCAAUUUUAAGCGCGAAACAAGCGAAACUUGUCAUCUUGACUCAGACCAGGCCCAGCAGGAAGUUUCAACAGAUCAAUUGACACUUGCUUGCUGGUCUCAGAAGGAAUCAAUGGAUUCUUGGAGGCCUGAGAGGGAAGUUCCCGCAGAACUGACGCUUUUUGGCGGAUCUUGUGAGUUUCAGAAGAGAGACAAUUAUAAGCGCAAAACAAUCGAAACUUGUGACUCUUCCGGUACGAUGAAAAAGAAGCCCCAGUGUCAGCGUGAGUACUCAGACGAGGCUCAGAAUGAAGUUUCCUCCGAAUCGACACUUUCUUGCGGGUUUCAGAAGGAAGCUGCAAAGGAAUCAAUGGUUUCUUGGGAGCCUGAGAACGAAGUUUCAACUGAAUUGAUACCUUCUUGCGGGUUUCAGCCGAGAGUCAACAAGCUCAAAACAAGCGAAAAAAUCAAUGAUCCGUAUUUAUUUGCACUAAAUCUGUUUAAUAAGUCAUUGGGUGGUUUUAAGCAGAAAAAAUCCAUAGAAAAGACUGCUACUGGUUCAAAGGGAGAGAGCCCCGUGACAGUGGCCUCCAAAACCGAGACGAAGAGAGUACCUCGCAACAGAGAUAAACAAAAAGAAGAGAGGACGCCGUUGGUUUCCGAGGUUUCUUGGGGACUCAAGAAGACUCUUACGGCUGUUGAUCUUUCUAAGAGGGAUCGGCUCGUGCUGCCAACAAGAAUGGUCCAUGAACAUAUUUUGCCAUUCUUGUAUGCGGAUUUGUUCAAACAAGUCGAGAGCAAGGCCGGCAUGCCCGUCACCGUUUGGGACCAAGAUUCUCAGUCGGAGCAUCAGUUUGUUUUCAUGAUGAGGUAUGCGUACGCUUUGCAUGGGGAUUGGCACGAAGAUUUCUGGAUGAGAAGGCGAUUAAAGAAAAGCGAUGUCAUUGGACUAAACUGGGAUUCCCACAAAUCAAGGUUCAUUUUCAGCGUUUUAGAACGGUCUCAGACGCCUCGGUCGCGUCGACCCUGAAAAUUUCUUCCCCAGGGACGACAAACAUGCAUAUAUGCAGGAGUACAAGGUGACAGUACUACUGUUUAACUGGAUCAAGUUCUUUCUGUAAAGUUUACUAAAAAUAACCAAAUUACUGAUGUUGAACUUAGGAUACAGAUUCCAUAGAUAUUGUUGAGACUGGAUAGGAUAUGAUUGCCGGUGACACGUUGUACGUAAUACGUUUUGAUUCUACAACUAUGUAUAGUUCUUUGGUUAAGGGUUGUUUCUCU